GUUAUAAGCAAGCCAAACAGCAUGGAUAGCUUUUUUGAUUAUUUAUCGUCAUCUUUACUAGGUGACCGCAUCGCGCCAGACCACCUCAAACUCGCUGUCUCUAUCCUUUCUACUUAUCCAAGCGCUAUUCUAUUUACACAUCUCAAAUCAUCCAAUAUAAGGCAUGCAUUUUCGAUUGCUUACACUAGUUUUAUUUUGCUUUAUGUGUUGAAAAUGUAUGAUGGCUUUACACACACAUUGAUUGUCUCGAUGUCCUCCUAUCUGUUGCUUCGAUCCCGUCAAGUAACGUCGACGCUGGCUUGGGUCAAUUUUACGUUAGUCAUGUUCAGUAUGUCUGUAUGUCAUAUUGGUCGUCAAUGGAAAGGUUUAGAAGGUGAUACAAAACUUGAUUAUUCAGGAGCCAUGAUGAUCUUGACUAUCAAAUUAUCAUCCUUUGGUUUCAAUGUAAUGGACGGUACGAAUGUGACCGAGAAAACGGAAAGAACAAAACACAUGGAAGAGAUGAAGAUUGCCCAGUAUCCUACUCUACUAGAGUAUUUUGGCUGGGUGUUUUAUUUUGGGGGAUUUUUGACGGGACCUACCUGCUACUACAUGGAUUAUUUUCGAUUCAUCGAAUUACGAACAGUGGAUCAUCCAGGAAAGGGUUAUGCAGCUUGGAAGCGAUUGUUGAAAAGUUUGGCUUUUAUGGGCCUGUUACUUUAUUUGGCCCCUACUUUUAAUUAUUUUGAGGCCUUGAAACCAGCAUGGAAGCAACGUUCAUUUUGGUACAAGAUGGGAUUUAUUCAAUUAUCCGGCUUUUUAACAAGAGGCAAAUACUAUUGCAUUUGGUAUUUGUCGGAAGGUGCUUGUAUUUUGUCUGGUUUUGGUUACCAUGCAGAAAGGAAAGAAUGGAAUCUGUUGACGAACGUGAAUGAAUUGGACGUUGAAUUCGCUCAAUCAUACAAACAAUUAACAGAGAAUUGGAAUAUAGGCGCCAACCAUUGGUUGAGAAAUUAUGUAUAUUUAAGGUUCAAAAAGUCAUCUACCAUGCUUGGUACUACUUGGAAAACGUACAUCAUAUCAGCUAUGUGGCAUGGGUUUCAACCAGGAUUCUAUCUCUUCUUUUUGAUAUUGUCUAGCAUGCAAUUGUUGGCUCGACAAGCACGUCGAACCCUUCGUCCUCUAUGCUUCACUGCAAAGGAACAACAGCCCAUCACAUAUCGUAAAACUAUCUAUGACUUUUUCUCGUGGUUCCUCUCUCUCGGUUUUUUGAAUAUGAUGGUGCCCUGUUUCGAUUUGUUGUACAUAUCGCGUAUCUUGGUCGUUUGGCGUGAGGUUUAUUAUUGCCAUCUUAUCAUUGCCGCUCUGGCGAUUGCCGUCUUCUUUACUGUGUUAAAGCCACGUUGUCAAGCCAUUCAGAAGAGACGUGUCCUGAAUGCACAAGUUGAGCAAUUGAGCGUUGGUCGUGCUGCUGAUAGCACAAAGUUGAAAAACCAAUAA